AUGUGCGAAUAUCUCGCACAAACCCGCAGGCGCCUACUGGAGCAGGGUGUCUUAACAUCGCCGUUUGAUCGAGCGGACGCCUCUCAACAUCCCCACCUCAAGGACAUCGCGCCGUGGCACUCCAGGCCACCAGACAAGUACAGGUAUCCGCGUGAGCUAUUCUCCGCGGAUACCCCAACCACCGGACGUGACACCAGGGCAGCAACCGCGGCUACGACCGCUGGUCGCCUCGCUGGGCCUCCCCCCCGGGGCCACCGGGGGUCUCACCCGGCGGAGCUUGACCGCGAGCCGCGUAGCUGCCCAAUACCAACCAUCGAGACACCAGGGCCAAGUCGAGAAUACUCCUUGGCCCCAAACCACCGGACUUGA